CGAACCGGAGCGGACGCACUCGAAAAAAAGUGAAUAAAAUUUAUUUCUGUGCUUAGCGCGAAGCUGUCGAUCGGGGAUCGGGAUGGCGGCACACUACAAGGACACCCCGUUAUCCGAACUGAGCCUUGAGACCCGGAUCCAGCUCUCCCGCAUGCUGAACCGCGAGAAGGUGCUGCGAUCCGUGGAUGGCUACCAGCGGGACUGGCGAGGCAUCCGGAACUUGGCCAAGCAGAAGGACUUCGUCGAUGAGAACGCCAACGAUCCCAUGGGUCUGGUGUUCGACAGCUGGAGCCAGCGGGACCCCCAGAACGCCACGGUCGGCAAUCUCGAAGAUUUUCUCGGGAUCAUCGAUCGAUGGGACGUCGUCGACUAUAUUCAGAAAAAUCUUAACCCACUGUCUUGAACCACUAUAUUUUUUAGCAAGAGUUAUUGGAAAUAUAUUUGGUGGAUUUUAAAUCUCUUUUUUUAUAUUUUUUUAUUUAAGAAG